AAAUUUUCACAGCAAAAGAAAAUUCUAAAUUGCAUUUAAAAUUACAACCAUGAUCGCCGGUGGACACGGUGAACCAAAUCCGAACUCCUCGUGGAUGGACUCGCGGGGUCUGUGGUUGGCUUACGUGCUCGGCAUCACCAUCUUUCACAUCGUCGUCCUGGCUGUGCCAUUCAUUGAUAUUCCAUACGCUUGGACGAUUACCAAUAUUGCCCACAAUUUGGCACAUCUGUACUUCCUUCACUCGAUAAAGGGUGCCCCGUGGAUGAGCAUUGAUACGGGCGAUUCCAGAAAGUAUACUCACUGGGAGCAAAUCAACCAUGGCGAGCAGUUCACUGCUACAAGGAAAUUCCUGACGGCGGCUCCGAUUGUAUUGUUCCUACUGACAUGUCUGUACACCAGAAACGAUGUCGACCAUUUCAUAGCGAAUUUCAUCUCCCUUGUCGUGGUGUUGGUACCAAAGUUACCUCAAUUUCACGGAGUUCGACUGUUCGGAAUCAACAAGUACUGAAUUCGAUGAGGCUCAUUUGGCGGUAAUGACAUAGCUAGAAGCAUGUGAAAUAUCCGAAACGACAUAUACUGGGAUUUGGGUGUAGUUUGGAACUAUUACAACAAAUAUUAUACCUAAUAUACAUACAAAUUACUAGAUAAUCUACAUGAAGAAUGUUUCUCAUCGGGAUGUGGAGUCUCAUAGAAAAAAAAAGUAA